AUUAAUAGAUCUACUAACCAAAUCUCAUUCCGUUACUUUUAAUACUGACAGUAGAUCUAUCUCAUUAUUAUUUAUUUUAAUCUUUAUUACUUAAAUUACUAGAGUCUAGAUAUAGAUCAUCUAAAUCUAUAGAUCUUUGAUCUGUCUAGACCUAGAACAAUCUAGAUCUACCCCUAAUGCAGAAAUUAUCUUCUCUAGACCUCUACUACGCGGCUACUUCAACCGAGUCUUGACUUGAGUACUUUACUUACUUGUCACUUGACUACUCAGUUGAGUCAGUACUUGAUUUAACAUGCAAAGUGAUUACACAACUUAAUGCACCCAAAGUAUAUACAAAAUGUCUAUCAUAUGCAUAGAUGAAAAUUGUUAAAUAAAUUUGCAUAAUUUUAAAAUGGAAAAAACACAAGCAGACUCUCGACGCAAAAAAGAAGACAAACAUAAGAACGAUGUGGAUGGAUCUGACUAUGGCAAGGACAGAUAUAAUCAACAAAGAUACAGAGGAAGCCAUGACAGUGGAAGAACAAGAGGUGGCAGAAGUGAUAGACCAAAACAAGACCAGAGGGACUAUAGAAGUGAUAGAAAAGAUAGAUCAAGUGGUGAUUAUAAAUAUGUCAACAGAGACAAAGAUAGAAGAGACAUCAAGUCUCCGCUUACAAAAAUUGAAGAAAAGCGCCUUCCAGCUAAAACUGAUCUUAAAAGAAAUGAACUGGAAACUCCUAAAGAAGAAGACCGGACUCUAACAGAAGAAGAAAUUAUACAGCUUGAGGAAGAAAAACAGAAAAAAGAAGAAGAAAGGCUAAAGAAUGAAGAAGAAGAAAAGAGAAAAGCAGAGGAAGCAGCAGAAAGACUAAAAGCUGAAGAACUGCAAACUUUAAAAGACUACAUUACAGAAAUGAAUGACAGAAAUAAUACCAAAUCUGAUGCAAGAAAUAUAAACCUAGCAGCUGCUGACAACCGUCCUGAUGAAUCAUUUUUCACCAAGUUGGACUCAAGCCUAAGGAAAAAUACAGCUUUUAUCAGAAAACUUAGAAACCUUACAGAGUCACAGAAAGACAGUCUUAGUAAAGAGUUUCUUGGAUUGAACCUAACUAAAUACAUUGAGGAAGUGGCAGGAGCUAUCAUAGAUGCAAAAAUGAAAAUGACUGAUGUCCCUUGUGCCAUUCACAUUUGUGGUCUCCUUCAUAAAAGAUAUGCAGAUUUUAGCCAUUCAUUGAUAGAAGUUUUCAAUAAAUGUUUACUCUCUAAGAAAGAUGAAAAAAUUAGCAAUGCAAGUAAAUAUCGAGUUGACUUAAGGUUUUUAGGUGAGCUCAUUGCUCAUGGCAUCUUCACAGCUAAAGAAGGACUUCCCAUUUUAGCUAAUCAGUUGUCCAUUUUGGUGAACACAGACAGAGAAGAACACAAUUACCUACCUAUCAUUACUAGUUUUUGUAAACACUGUGGGGAUGACUACACAGGCAUUGUGCCUAGGAAGUAUAGGCUGUUGUCCGAAAAAUACAAUCUGGAGAUCUCUAAGAGUCAGCUUCUGCCACCGGACAGACAAAAGGGUUGUCGAAACUUACUUAAAGAUUACUAUACAUCCUUAGUUAAACAUGUGACCUCUGCUCAUAAAGAGCUGAAAUCUAUGGAAAGAAUCAAUAGAAAAAUCAUGCAGUCAAAAGGUGAAAUUUCAUCUGAAAAAAAGGAAGCUUAUGAAACUGCCUUUGCUUCUUUUCAAAAACUUUCUGCCAGUGCUGCUGUUCUUGCUGAUCUCCUGGAUGAAGACUUUCCAGAAUUUCCCCCAGAGGAUUAUACAGAUGAUGGCAAUGGUGUUUUGGAUAUUUUCAAUCCUAUGAAAGAUUUAGAGUUCCAAUAUGAUGGAGAUAAGACACUAUUUGAAGAUGAAGACACAAGAUCAUUUUAUGAAACCUUACCAGAUCUCAGAGCUUUUAUACCCAGUAUCCUGUACAAGGACAGUGAGAACAGUUUGACCAAAGAUGUUCUCAAAAAUGCUGACACUGGUUUAGAAGAAGAAAUGGACCAGUUUGCUGUUGAUGACAUUGAAAAAGAAUUAGAAACUGAACAGAUAGAAGAGACAAUGAAAGAAGCUGAAAGGCAAGAGGCUGACAAGGAAGUGGAAGAGGAAAGGUUCACCAUACCAGAGCCAGAAGAAGAUGACACUGAGACUGGCACAUUGAUGAAAGUUCAAUUUGAGUCUUUCCUAGGAUCUCUUCCAAAUUCUGUCAACAGAGAUAUGAUUGAUAAUGCUGCAACUGAGUUUUGUAUGAACUUCAACACCAAGUCAAAUAGAAAGAAAUUGGUCAAGGCUUUGCUGUCAGUGCAUAGGACCAGAUAUGACUUGCUUCCUUUCUACUCCCGUCUUGUUGCCAUACUGGAGCCAUGUAUGCCAGAAUUAGCUUCAGAUCUAGUCCAAGCGUUAAAGUCUGACUUCAAAUGGCAUGUUAGGAAAAAGGAUCAAAUCAACAUAGAAUCUAAACUGAAAAUAGUACGUUUCAUAGGAGAGCUUGUAAAAUUUAAAGUGUGUCCAAAAAUAGAAGCUCUUCAAUGUUUGAAGAUGUUGAUGUUUGACUUUAGUCACCACAAUAUUGAAAUGACUUGUGCUCUUCUAGAGACUUGUGGGAGGUUUCUUUAUAGGUCUCCAGACUCACAUUACCGCACAAAGAUAUACCUUGAAGUGAUGAUGAGAAAGAAGUCUGCAAUGAAGCUGGAGUCUAGGUAUGAGUCAAUGAUUGAAAAUGCUUACUACUACAGCAAUCCUCCUGAAGCUGCAGCUGUUGUGCGCAAGGAGAGACCACCCAUGCAUGAAUACAUUAGAAAACUUUUGUAUAAGGAUCUGUCAAAAGUUACAGUUGAAAAGGUGUUAAGACAAAUGAGAAAGCUCAAAUGGGAUGAUCCUGAGAUAGCAUUUUACGCCACCAAGUGCCUAACUGGUGUCUGGAAUAUUCGCUACAACUCAGUACAUUGUGCUGCAAACCUCUUGGCUGGCAUCGCUCCUUUCCAUGAACAUGUGGCUAUACAGGUAGUGGAUGGGGUUCUAGAGGACAUUCGACUAGGAAUGGAGAUCAAUCAGCCCAAGUAUAACCAGAGACGUGUCAGCUGUGUCAAGUAUUUAGGAGAGUUGUACAACUACAGAAUGGUGGAGUCUUCUGUCAUCUUCAAGAUCUUAUACUCACUUAUUACAUUUGGGCUGUCACUGGAUGAAAAAGUGAUAAGUCCUUUGGACCCACCAGAACAUCUGUUCCGUCUCCGGCUUGUGUGUGUUAUAUUAGAAACAUGUGGUCAGUUCUUUGAUAAAGGCUCAAGUAAAAAGAAGUUAGAUUGUUACCUUGUCUACUUUCAGCGGUACUACUGGUUCAAGAAGAGCCAUCCUGUGUUUGACGCUGAGCAUCCAUUCCCUAUAGACAUUGAGAACCUGAUGAAUGAAACUCUUGAGAUUGUCAGGCCGAGGCUGGUACAGUGCAAGUCCUACAAUGAGGCCUGUGAGGCUUGUGAAAAGUUAGAAGCUGAGUACAAGGCAAAGAUAGCCAGUGUUCUCUCUAUCAUUGAAACUGGGGAGGAGGCAGGGGAUGUGCCAGAUGAGGACGAAGAGGAAGAUGGCCUGGCCACCAUAUUGGAGGGAGAAGAGAUGGAAGAGGACCUGACACUCUCUGGUGGAGUGACUGAAGGUUCUGGAACACAAGACAGUGAAACCAGUUUAAGUGGUGGUGUGGAUGCAGAUGAACGUGAAGGGGAUGGUGAAGAUGACGGUUCUUCGAGUGAUGAAUUUGAUGAUGAGUGCCACACUGGAGACAAUGAUGAGGAGGUGAAAGUUGUGAAACCAAAGUGUGUUGUGUCUAAAGAAGAUGAAGAUUUUAUGGCUGCUUUAGAUCAGAUGAUGAAUGACACAAUACAGGCCAGAACACAAGAAGCUAUCAAAGUCCCUCAACUAGAUAUUGCCUUGCCCACUCAGUUGAAGAGUAAAAAGAAACUGGCUGUAGGGAUAGUACCUGGCCAGGGUACAGUGGAGAAAGAAGAGGAAGAUAAAGAUGGAUCAUCUGCAUUGAAAUUUGUUUUAAUGACAAGAAAAGGAAACAAACAGCAGUUGACUGACUUUGAAAUCCCAAUGACUGCAGAAUUCGCUACAAAAUUUAAAGAAAGAGAAGAGGCUGAAAGAUUAGAAAAAGAGAAGAUGAAAAGAAUGGUUCUAGACUUCCAUGAGAGACAGGAGGAGGAAGAGUAUCAAGAGGUCAUGGCCAGCAUUAACCGAACCCCUACCACUAAUGUGAACAGAGAGAGGAAAGUGAAGUACCAACAUCCUAAAGGUGUUCCUGACGCUGACCUCAUCUUUGGAAACAAUUACAAGGUGACCACCAAGUAGAAACGUUGAGUUGGUGUGCACUGAACAACCCACCUCGCAUUGAGUUAUAUUUACAACAUAAAUAUAUGACUUCUGUCUGAAAGCCCAGUGUCCAAUCCUUGAGGGAGUCUUAAGUCUCCCUACAGCUGACAGCAUCUGGAGCUGAUACUGAACCGACUGGAGAAAGUGAAAGCUGAGCCAGAAGAUAUUUGUCUUACAGUUGAGCUUGUUGAGUUUCACUCCUGACAGGAUUUUUUUUUCUUUUCCUCUUCACCUUUGUUUUAAUUAUAUAUCAAUAUACCCACUGACAGAAAUACACACACACACAUGAAAACAGACUGACACAAUAAUAGAAACACUCUAGUACAAACUAUGACACAGUGAUAAAAACACAGAGAUUGAAAUGUUCACACAUACAUGCAUGUACAUUUCUCUUCUAAAACUUUGUUGUAAACUUUGACUAAUGAACUGUUGUUUUACUUCCAAUCCUCUUUGGGGGUUGCACAUUAGCACAAAGGUGACAUUUUUGGUGAUGGAACACAAAUGUUGAUAUCUCCCAGACUCCAGGACUAAGUGGAUACUGCUUGUAGUGAUACUCUAUUCUUUCUUCUAUAUCACUCAAAGUUUGAGUGUAGUUUUUUUUUUUGUUAAAUAAAAGACUUAGUGUUUUAGAAGAAAACACUAACAUGAAUAAAUGUUCUGAAGUCCAUGCCCUAGCUCUUGGUUUGUGUAACUGAACACAGUCAUGUGAUCUAAAAUGUUGACAUUGAAUAAAUCCAUGAAUUUAA